CGGCUCUCCCGCAGCCAUAGCCGCGCCGACGAUCCGGGAGGUAGCGGAGGGCAGGGAGCUGGACCCGGAGGCGCCGCCGCGACCGCAGCAGCCAUGGAGGACGAGAUGCCCAAGACUCUAUACGUCGGUAACCUUUCCAGGGAUGUGACAGAAGCUCUAAUUCUCCAGCUCUUUAGCCAGAUUGGACCUUGUAAAAACUGCAAAAUGAUUAUGGAUACAGCUGGAAAUGAUCCAUAUUGUUUUGUGGAGUUUCAUGAGCAUCGUCAUGCAGCUGCAGCAUUAGCUGCUAUGAAUGGACGGAAGAUAAUGGGUAAGGAAGUCAAAGUGAAUUGGGCAACAACCCCCAGCAGUCAAAAGAAAGAUACAAGCAGUAGUACCGUUGUCAGCACACAGCGUUCACAAGAUCAUUUCCAUGUCUUUGUUGGUGAUCUCAGUCCAGAAAUUACAACUGAAGAUAUAAAAGCUGCUUUUGCACCAUUUGGAAGAAUAUCAGAUGCCCGAGUGGUAAAAGACAUGGCAACAGGAAAGUCUAAGGGAUAUGGCUUUGUCUCCUUUUUCAACAAAUGGGAUGCUGAAAACGCCAUUCAACAGAUGGGUGGCCAGUGGCUUGGUGGAAGACAAAUCAGAACUAACUGGGCAACCCGAAAGCCUCCAGCUCCAAAGAGUACAUAUGAGUCAAACACCAAACAGCUGUCAUAUGAUGAAGUUGUAAAUCAGUCUAGUCCAAGCAACUGUACUGUCUACUGUGGAGGUGUUACUUCUGGGCUGACAGAACAACUAAUGCGUCAGACUUUUUCGCCAUUUGGGCAGAUAAUGGAAAUUCGAGUCUUCCCAGAUAAAGGAUAUUCCUUUGUUCGGUUCAAUUCCCAUGAAAGUGCAGCACAUGCAAUUGUUUCUGUUAAUGGUACUACCAUUGAAGGUCAUGUUGUGAAAUGCUAUUGGGGCAAAGAAACCCUUGAUGUAAUAAAUCCUGUGCAACAGCAGAAUCAGAUUGGAUAUCCACAACCUUAUGGCCAGUGGGGCCAGUGGUAUGGAAACGCACAACAAAUUGGCCAGUAUAUGCCUAAUGGUUGGCAAGUACCUGCAUAUGGAAUGUAUGGCCAGGCGUGGAACCAGCAGGGAUUUAAUCAGACACAGUCUUCUGCACCGUGGAUGGGACCCAAUUACGGAGUGCAACCACCUCAAGGGCAGAAUGGCGGCAUGUUGCCUAAUCAGCCUUCUGGGUACCGAGUGGCAGGGUAUGAAACCCAGUGAAAAGGGACUUCAGAAUCUAAAGCCAGUGGCUUGAGGCUACAGCGAGCGUAGUAAAGCCAUUGUUUACUUAAAGAUUUAUCAAGUCAGUCAGUGCAAAUGUCAGAUACAAUGUAUUUAUUUAACAGAUUCAUUUUUAAUCAUGAAAUUACUUAUCAUCCACAUUGUUUUAAAAAGAAACAAGAUGCUGGAUGUCUGCCAAUUUUUGCCUUCAUUACCUUUUUUGAUAAAGUUUCUCAGAUCCUUGUUUCAAACACAAAUGCAGGGAUUGCUGCCACUUUUUAAAAAUUAAGAGGCAGAAAAUUGCACAAUGUUGACCUUUUUCCACUAAAGUAGUGUGCAGUUCUAGUUUGCAUUCUUAAUAUGAUUUAAAACAUGUAAUAUAAAGACAUUUUAAAAAAUAAGAAAAGAAAAACCAAAACUGUGCAGAGUCUAGAAGUUCUUUGUCAUCUCCAGCUUGUGCACAAGUAUGUUUUAGGUUUAAAAAAAUAGGCAUUGUUUGAGCUGUCUCAUCUCCACUGUUAUUCUUUGGGGUUUUUAAAUAUAAAUUAUUAGUUUAUGUCAUUUUUGUAUCUACAUUUUUUCACAAAUUUGUCUUGCCUUAUUAAAGUUCUGUAAAAUAUACCUAAAAUGGCAAAAAAAUGAUGUUCACUUAGAUUGAAAACUUUUCUCAGAUGGAUUGAUAAUUGCAUUCAUCUUGUUUUAUAUGAGAAGGUGCCUCAAGAAUUCCCAGUGGAUUUGUUUCAAAGGAUUUUUAUCUUCUGUGAUAAACUUUGCAGUGUACCAGGAACUGUAAAAACAAAAAUGUGUUACUAGAGAAAAUCUCUGAAAUGUGAUACAUUCUUAUGCCAUGUAAAUUUCAUGUGUCAGCUUCUACAUUUACAUGUAUUGUUUCAUUAUGUAAAAUGUUUUAGCAAUGUAAUAUUUUGCACAGUUAACAAACUUUGUAUGUCAUUUCCUUAAAGGCAUCAUGCAGAGUUGACAUGAGAUUUACAAGGUUUUAAGUUGUUUGCAUGUGAAAAUGAAAUACACACUUUGGUAGUCUUUGAACACAAAGUCAUCUGCUCUUGUUUUUUAAGAAUUUUGAGUCACAAAGUUGUAUGUAAAGGAAUAUGUUAAUUUUCCAUUUUCUAGUUAGAUUUAUUCAAAAAGUAAAUCAACUUAAUUUUAAUAUGUACAAAUGAUAGCUGUGAAACUGUAGAAUAUCCUUAUGUCAGGCUUGGGGUUCAUCAUGAACUCCAAAAUUAGCCUGAAGGACCAGCCAGGCAAAGAAUUUUUUUACAUGUUCAGAGGCCAAAAGAUAAAAAAAAACUUAAAAUCCUACCUCCUUAAACAGCCUUCAAAGAAGAGAAUCCUCAGUGCAAUCAUUAUCUGAUUCUUUGGUACCUUUUUCUGGAGUUCCCAAUUAUAUUAUUUUAGGGUAACUCCAAGCAUUAAGAGGUUUAAUCUUUGAUGGCAUUGUUCUAGUUUUGAAAUUUCUAGUACAUUUCAGAGUCUCUUAGAAGACUUAUGGGAGGUUUUGUUUUGUUUUCAGUGAAGGUCACAAACCUCCUUCCGUGACUCAGAGAGGAGGGGUCCCCUAUAUACAUGUUUGAAUGGUUGGUGGUUUUCAAGACCUUCAGAUAGCUCCCAGCAUUUUAUUUAGAAAUAGAAAAGGCCUGUGAAAUCUUAAGUUUCCUGGCCUGUAUCUUCCAGGUAGGGGGAAAUGACUCUAAGCUGGUGUCUAAGCCAAUACCCCUUGUAAACCAGAGCCCAGGAAAGACAGCUCAUAAGUAUAUAAUUCUCUGGAGCUCAAUUCUAUGCAGUUGUACUGAUGUUUCAUUAAGUCACUGUGUAUUUUUAUGUGUUGAUACGUUAAAAGUUGCUUUACGGAAGAUGCGUAAAUUUUUUAAAUACUUGGAAAUUUUAUUUCCUUGUUAACUUCUACAGAUCAGGGCAUGCAACCAAAAGCAGCUUAAAUGGAAAAAAAAUCAGGAAGCUAUUUUUAGAUUAUUCUGGCUUUUGUUUCUAUUUAGGACCCUCAUCAUUUUUCUCUUAUUAAAAAAUUUUAUUUCCUGUACAUCUCAUUUGCUGCAGUGUAAAUUAUUUGGGCAUAAAUAAUUUAAACAAAGUAUAGUUUUUCUUUCAUUUGGACUAUUUUAAGUAAUAACAGUUUUUAUUAGCCAGCAUAUUUUCUUAUUGCACAGAUCUUAAAAUGUACAUUGACUACUUUUUUGAGAAGAAAGUGGUAUCAGCACUCAUGAUUAAAAGGUUACUACUGAACAAAUUCACAUUUCAGGAACAUUGCUAACUUUGGCUUAAAUCUUAACCUUACUUUUCAGUCUAAAAAUCAUACUGGUAUUAGUAUCAGGUAAGGAGUUUAAAGUUUUUAAAAUGGUUUCAUUCCUGCAAUAUGCAAAAUUCAAAUUUUACUUUCUGGUACUGUAAAGAACCUGAAGUGAUUCACACUUAAUGGGUCAUUAAUCCAGUAUUCUUUACCCUGACUGUUUGGAUAUUAAAGUUCCUUUAUGUUUUCUAUAA